UCAGAGCCCGGAACCAUGGCGCUGAGCGCGGGGAGCCACCCCCUACACACACACUCACACACAGAGGCAGGCACGGCCCUUCCGGCGGGGCGGGCGCUGAUCGUCAUGGGGCUGCACGGGCGCUUCUUGGAGGCGGCGGCCAGGGAGAUGGCGGCCGCCUGCCCGGGACAGGCGCGGUUCCUGCUGUGGACGCUGGGCAGGCGCCGAGAUGAUGAAUUUGGGAAAGAGAGGAUAUGUCCUCACUGCUUCCAGUUCCUGCUUCCCAUUAGCCGCCGGGUGCGUCUCAAGCCAAAGAUGAAGGUGACUCCGCAGAUAGAGAAGAUUCUUAAGCGAGAGGCAAAGAGUUACAAGCUCAACAUGAGACAGACAAAGCUUUUGAAAAAGUACAGGGACUCCAAAAGUGUUCUGCUGAUUACUUGCACCUCAUGCAACAAAACAACAAGACACUAUGGUAAAAGCAGGGAUUUUCUGGCUACCAAGACACAAAAUUCUGGCACUCCAACUAUUAAAUCUAGCCUGAGGACACCAGAUGUAAAAACUCAGUCUGCAAAAAAAAUGACACCUGUAAGCUGCAGUAGGCUGGGAUCCAAAGGGAACACUCCCUCAUCUCUUCCCAGAACGCAAACAUCCGGACAGGUGACAACGAGUUCCGGUUCCAAGACUCCCCGAAACUCCAAGUUUCACUUUUCUAAGCUAAAACGGAUGCUCAACCUAGAAGAAAAAGAGAAAAGCCAGAAGGCAGAUUUGAAAACCUUCUUGACUUUACUUUAAUUAUUCACUGUUUCAAAGUAAUAAUGAUUACAGCAAUAAGUACUGUUCUGGUUUUGGUAAAUAAACACAACUGGUGAUUUCGUUAAAACUCAA